AUGCCUACGCCGUUGUACCUAAUUCAUAGUGCUAGAUCAGUUCGUUCGGAUACGGAUCACAAUCUCCCGGCGUGCGAUGCUAACCAGGAGGAAGAGGAUCUGCAACAAUCUCAAGCCUUUAAGAACUGGCUGUUGGCGAGGUUGAAGCUUCCUUCUGCUCAUGGCUUACAAUCUACCAAGCCGAACCAAAUCAACUCACACGACAACAAUGAGCUGCAAGCCAUUUUAACACAACCAGCGGAAGCGGAAGUGUGCCUGUUAAGCGAUAGCCCAUACCGCAUAUUAAGGGCUGCAGAGGCUGGCAAUUUGGAGGAAUUUAUGCGGCUGUAUGAAGGAGAUAACAACCGGCUUUCGGUAAAGGACAGCAAGGGCCGCACGGCCGCUCAUCAGGCUGCGGCACGGAACCGGGUCAAUAUUCUCUCUUUUAUCUACGGUCAAGGAGGAAACCUGAACGCCCAGGAUAUGGUCGGAAAUACUCCGCUCCAUACGGCAGUUGAGAAUGAUUCGUUUGAUGCACUGGAAUUUCUGUUGAAAGUCCCGGUAGCAACAAAUACGCUCAACGAAAAGAAACUUGCCCCGGUGCAUCUGGCCACGGAGCAGAAUAAAGUCAGUGCCCUGCAGGUGAUGGGCAAGUAUCGUGAAGUCAUCGACAUCCAGCAAGGUGGCGAACAUGGUCGAACAGCUCUUCAUUUGGCCGCGAUCUACGACAACGAAGAGUGCGCUAGGAUAUUGAUUUCGGAGUUUGGAGCCUGCCCAAGAAAACCCUGCAACAACGGGUACUACCCGAUCCACGAGGCAGCCAAAAACGCCAGCUCUAAGACGAUGGAGGUUUUCUUCCAGUGGGGCGAAUCAAAGGGCUGCACCAGGGAGGAGAUGAUAUCGUUCUACGAUUCGGAGGGCAACGUUCCGCUUCACUCGGCAGUCCACGGGGGCGACAUUAAAGCUGUGGAGCUGUGCAUGAAGUCGGGUGCGAAAAUAUCGACGCAACAGCAUGACCUCUCAACGCCGGUACAUCUGGCGGCCGCCCAAGGAGCGAUAGAAAUCGUGAAGCUCAUGUUCCGCAUGCAACCGCUCGAGAAGCGCAUCAGCCUCAACUGCACCGACAUCCAGAAGAUGACUCCGCUGCACUGUGCCGCAAUGUUUGACCACCCGGAGAUUGUGGAGUUCCUCGUGAAGGAGGGCGCCGACAUAAACGCGAUGGAUAAGGAGAAGCGUUCGCCGCUGCUGUUGUCCUCGUCGCGAGGCGGCUGGCGCACGGUCAUGACCCUAAUCCGGCUCGGAGCGAACAUCAGCCUCAAGGAUGCGAACUCACGCAACGUGCUGCAUCUGGUCAUCAUGAACGGGGGGUGUUUGGACGAGUUCGCCAAGGAGGUGUGCCUCACGCAAUCCGAGAUCUAUCUGUUGCAGUUGCUGAACGAAAAGGACGACGCCGGUUGCUCGCCGCUGCACUACGCCAGCCGGGAGGGUCACAUCCGCUCCCUGGAGAACCUGAUCCGGUUGGGUGCGUGCAUUAAUCUGAAAAAUAAUAACAACGAAAGUCCGCUGCACUUUGCUGCACGGUACGGUCGCUACAACACCGUCCGGCAGUUGCUGGAUUCCGAGAAGGGCACGUUCAUCAUCAACGAGAGUGACGGUGAAGGACUCACGCCGUUGCAUAUUGCAUCGCAGCAGGGACACACGAGGGUAGUCCAGCUGUUGCUAAACCGGGGAGCGCUACUCCAUCGCGAUCAUAACGGACGCAAUCCGCUCCAUCUGGCGGCGAUGUCGGGCUACACGCAAACGAUCGAGCUACUGCAUUCGGUCCACUCACAUCUUCUAGAUCAGGUGGACAAAGAUGGGAACACUGCGCUUCAUCUUGCUACGAUGGAGAAUAAGCCAAACGCGGUGGUACUGCUGCUCAGCCUCGGCUGUAAGCUACUGCACAACUACAUGGACAUGAGCGCGAUCGACUACGCCAUCUACUACAAGUAUCCCGAGGCGGCCCUAGCCAUGGCGACGUACGAGGAGCGAUCCAGCGAGGUGAUGGCCCUGAAAUCAGACAAGCAUCCAUGCGUAACGCUCGCCCUGAUCGCCUCGAUGCCGCGCGUUUUCGAAGCCGUACAGGACACGUGCAUCACGAAGGCGAACUGCAAGAAGGACUCCAAAAGCUUCUACAUUCGGUACUCGUUCAGCUGCCUCCAAUGUCCAGCUUUGUACGCGCAGAUGGAUGCCCGCACCGGAGAAGCCGUUCAGAUAUCGAAACCGAUCCCACUUCCGGCGCUGAACAUCAAAUAUUCAUUUAGUGCCUAUCAAAAGUCUCAAGAAGCCAUUGCGGAAACCCGGAAAACUAUGAACGACCCCAAGUGGCGCCCCCCACCUUUGCAUGUAGUCAAUGCCAUGGUGGCCCAUGGACGCGUGGAGCUGUUGGCUCAUCCCCUAAGCCAAAAGUAUUUGCAAAUGAAGUGGAACUCGUACGGGAAAUACUUCCACCUGGCCAACCUGCUGUUCUACAGUGUGUUUUUGUUUUUCGUCACCCUCUUCACGUCGCAGCUGAUGCGCAACACGACCCCCAUCGGCCAUGGGAUAGGAAAUGACACCCAGCCGGGAGCCGGGGCCGGUUACGGAGAUCAGCACGUACUGGCACUCCGGUCGUCGUUGUCUCGUGCGAAGGGACACAACUAUGCCACCGUUCAAAACGUGACCAGCUCCGUGGCUGCGGCACCGAUCGAGGAACAGAUGGAAAUCACGACAACGACGCUCGUAUCCGGCAUCGGCAUAAUCGUCUACAUUGUGGUGAAUGCGCUCCGGGAGCUGCUGCAGGUUUACCAGCAAAAGUGGCAUUACCUCCUGGAGCCGAACAACUUCAUCUCGUGGAUCCUCUACACGUCCGCUCUGAUUAUGAUUUGGCCCAUGUUCUCAAGCGGGAUGUGCCUGAGCAUCAACUACUCGGCGGCAUCGAUAACCGUGUUUUUGUCGUGGUUCAAUCUGUUGUUGUUCCUGCAGCGCUUCGAUCAGAUUGGCAUAUACGUGGUGAUGUUCCUGGAGAUCUUACAAACAUUAAUCAAAGUGCUGAUCGUAUUCAGCAUACUUAUCAUCGCAUUCGGGCUGGCGUUUUACAUUCUGCUCUCCAAAGUGUCCGAACCACAGGUGAACCAUCUGUCAUUUUCAUCCAUUCCUAUGUCGCUGGUGCGGACGUUCUCGAUGAUGCUGGGUGAGAUGGACUUCGUCGGCACGUACGUCCAGCCGUACCACGUGGGGGAUCUUCCGUUUCCGUUUCCUUCAUUCGUCAUACUUUGCCUGUUCAUGAUCCUCAUGCCCAUUCUGCUCAUGAACCUGCUGAUCGGUUUGGCCGUUGGUGACAUCGAGUCGGUGCGGCGUAACGCCCAGCUCAAGCGGCUCGCUAUGCAGGUCGUUCUGCACACGGAGCUGGAGCGCAAGCUGCCGCAGAUGUGGCUCGAGAUGGUCGACAAGAUGGAGCUGAUCGAGUAUCCGAACGAGAAGAAAUGCAAGCUCGGUUUCCUCGACUCCAUGCUGCGUAAGUGGUUCUGCAAUCCUUUCACGGACGACUAUAAAGGUGGCAUCGAUUACGUUCUGGAAAACACCGAAGACUACGUGGCGGUUGAGCUCGAGAAGCAGAAGCGGAAGCUGCGUGACAUUGGCACCGCGCUAGACACGCAACACCAACUGCUGCGGCUGAUCGUACAGAAAAUGGAGAUCAAAACCGAAGCGGACGACGUCGACGAAGGUGUUCCGACGAGUGAUCUCAAGGGUUCCGGUGGUAUGCUCAUGUCAGGCCGGUCUUCCCGUUGGUCUUCGCCUCGUAUCCGCAAAAAGCUUGGGGCCACCUUGAGCUUCAACAAAUCGAUUGGCAAAUGAAGCGCGUUUUGUCUGCACACGAUACCACCGUUGCUAUAGAUUUACAAAUAAGCGUGUGUGGGCGCGCGUUUGCGUGUGUUUGUGUAUACAUGUGUGGUUGUGUAAUUUGUUCAAUAUUUAAAACAAAAAAAGUUGUAUUGCGUCAACAUGCGGCAGGAACGGAAAGUAAUCGUAACUCGCGUACUGCUGAGUUGGAAAGUAACAAAAUUUAUGCAUUUUGAAGAUGUUUAUGUUCGCUUGAUGCAAACAUUUGUACACGGCACGUAGAUGUUGUAAUGUGUCAGGAGAUAAAUGUGGUGUAAAAAUAUUUUAUAAUAUAUAUUUGUAAAAAUAAAGCAUCGCGCGUUCACGCACACAUA